AUGUGUGCACACGUUUCUGCUCCAAAGACGCCCAAGGCUCAGAGGUCUCCACAGGGAGAUCGCUUCAUCCCCAAGAGAAGUGCCAUGGAUGGUGAAAUGGCCUUCUUCAACUUGUGUGCUAAUGAAAACUCAAACCCUCAAACCCCGAGUUCGGCCAAGAAGACGCCAGGUAAGGAUCAGUACAAGUCGACACUGGCAGACUCGAUGGGAAUGGGACAGACCAACAAGCCUCACAAGAUUCUGACGUUGCAGGCCGAUGCCCCCAAGCCACCUGAAGGACACUUGAACAGUCAGCGAGUGCUGUACACGCAGAACAAGGUAAGUGACAUGAAGAAGAAGGUGAGCAUGCGGUAUAUCCCCCAGGCGCCAGAGAAGAUCCUUGAUGCUCCCGAGCUGAUGGAUGACUACUACCUCAACCUGCUCGACUGGUCCAGCACCAACAUCCUCGCGGUCGCUCUCUCGCAGACCGUCUACCUCUGGAACGCGUCCACUGGCUCCAUCGAAGAGCUCUGCACCACGCAAGGAGAGGACGACUACAUCACCUCGGUUGCGUGGGUGCAGGACGGCAACUACAUCGGAGUCGGGACGAACAACCAGGAGGUUCAGAUCUGGGACGUGGGCGGCAUGCGACAGAUUCGCACGAUGAAGGGGCACAGAGGGAGGGUGUCGUCACUGGCCUGGAACAGUCACAUCCUGAGCAGCGGAAGCAGAGACAGCUCCAUCAUCCACCAUGACGUGCGCAUUGCUCAGCACGUGACGGCCAGGCUGGAAGGAGCUCACACGCAGGAAGUUUGCGGGCUCAAGUGGUCGUGCAACGGGCAGCAGUUGGCCUCUGGCGGCAACGACAACAUCCUCAACGUGUGGGACAUGGGGCAGACCACGCCACGUCAUCAGAUCUGUCACCACCAGGCUGCCGUGAAGGCGCUUGCCUGGUGCCCUCAUCAGGCGAACCUCUUGGCGUCGGGAGGAGGGACGGCAGACAGGAAGAUCUGCUUCUGGAACACGACGACAGGAGCCCUGCUGCAGGAGGUCGACACUAACUCGCAGGUAUGCUCCCUCAUGUGGUCCAAGCACGAGAAGGAGAUCCUCUCCUCGCACGGCUUCACGCAGAACCAGUUGACCCUCUGGAAGUAUCCUUCCAUGGUCAAGGUUGCGGAGCUCACCGGACACCAGAGCCGCGUUCUUCAUCUUGCCUGCUCGCCGGACGGCAACACGGUUGUGUCAGGAGCGGCAGAUGAGACUUUGCGCUUCUGGAAAGUGUUUGGCAACGACAGCUCGAAGCUGGACAAGAGCAAGGCUUCGUUCCAGAGCGCCUCGCUCGCUCGCGCCUCAUCGAUCAGGUAA